CAUGUUCCUUCCUUUCUCUCUCUAUGUAUACAUAACAAAAAUUAUCUCUAUAUUCCCACCUCCAUAUAUAUAUACGACACCUGUUCUAAUAACAAACGUUCUUUCAUAUACCCCUCAUUUUUCUCUCUUAGAUUCUCCUUCCCCAUCUUCCCUCUUCUUUCUCUGGGGGUAUAGCCUUAUAUUAGAUAGAUAGCGUCAAAGGCGCUUUUUUGGGAAAAAGAAAGCAAAAGGAGGAUUCUUUUUUUUGGGUUAGCGAUGAUGGAAGGAGAGAAGAGAAAACAAAGGCGACACCAACAAGAUAAGCCAUACAGAGGUAUACGUAUGAGGAAGUGGGGUAAAUGGGUGGCUGAAAUUAGAGAACCCAACAAACGUUCUCGUAUUUGGCUUGGUUCUUAUUCUUCUCCUGUUGCAGCUGCUCGUGCUUAUGACACUGCUGUUUUUUACUUGCGUGGUCCUUCAGCUAGGCUUAAUUUCCCUGAAUGCAUAGUUAAUGAUAACCAUGAAAUUCAUGAUCUUUCUGCUGCUUCUAUUCGUAAGAAAGCUACUGAAGUUGGUGCUAGAGUUGAUGCUCUGCAAACUGCGAUUCAUAAUUCAUCUGGUUCACCACCUGGAUCCACCUGUAAUUCGAACUCGAAACCUACAAGGGUUGUCGUAAAGCCGGAUUUGAAUGAAUAUCCUAGCCCUGAAAGUUGUGAUGAUGAAGAUAACGGAAUCAACAGCUUUAAUUAGUACUGCUUCAAGCCACAAGUGGCUAUAAGGAUUAUUAUGGCGAUAGAUAUUGAGAAUUAUCUGUGUUUGUAUGAACAUAAUCCGAAGGGAUUAUAUGUUAAUAUUAUCACUUUUUUUAGUAGUUAAAAGAAAUCCCAAUUACAACUAGUAUUGUUUCUUA